CUAGUGUAGCAUUUGAAUUGAAGCGUUCCCAUACCUACAGAGAGAGCAGUUGAGAGCGGAAGCCAAACCAAAUCCACACGCUUGACGAUCGAGGCAGGCAGUUGGCUGACGCUACGUACUUUCUUUCAUCCUGGGACUCUGUGAGAGAGGAGGGGAACUGGCGUUGUUGUCUAUCAAUCGCAGAGGUCUGUGCUGUCUGACAUGGCUGUUCGGUUUCUCUAAGAGUGCUUGAUGUACGCGUCUGCUACGUUAGAAUAUCAUCGGUAGUGUUUAUAUCUUUCGUGACUUUUGAUAAGUGAUAACUUUAAAAACUAUAGUUUGGUGAAUAUGUCGGACGUUGAAGUGGGCAUUCACGCCCGCUGCUGUAGGCUUUGCCUAGUGGAAAAUAAGGAGACGAUAAAGGACUUGGGUAAAGGCGUAUUGUUGAGAGAACGUAUACUCGCCGUAUUAUCGAUUGAGAUUAAAGAGGAUGAUGUUAUGUCAAAAUAUGUCUGUGACAGCUGUUCGCAGAAAGUGGAAACUUGGUGCGAAUUCAAGAGGAAUUGCCAGAGAAAUCAGUCUACUAUUUCAUCAUGGGCAAAAGAAAGCGAAGGAGGAAGAGUAGCUGUCACUGUCAAGGAGGAGGUGAUUGACGACACCUCCACUGAAGAGGAGGAAGUAGAAGUAGCCCAGGAAUGUCAUAUCAGCGUAAAAUUGGAACCAGUUGAUUUUGAAAAUCAUGACGUGUCGUCAUUGACCAAUGGCAACCACAAUGACACUACCUGUUCUUUAUCUCCACCUCGGAAUGAUGAAUCGCAAGGAAGCAUAGAAAACAGUGAGUGCGAAAUGGAAAUUUUAGGAACACAAGACUUGGCAGUAAUGAAUAGUGCUGGAACAUCUUCCGAGCAAAGUCAUUCCGAGAAGAUAGAAUUCGCUGCAGGUUUGAAAUUGAUCAAAAGUGACUCGACUCCAAUUGAGAUGGAGAGUUUGUCUCCCCUAGAGAGCAGUUAUAUUGAAAAAUGUAAGGCGAUGGUGGAUAUGUAUCGCUCAAUGAAGUGCGCAUGUCACUCGGCCACUCAUCCUAACCUCAAAGGGCUGUUGUCACAUCUUCGUUCGGUGAAAAUAUGGUUCCCCGUUUUCACCUGCUACAAUUGCAUGAUAACAUUCACAGACAGAUCUUCUAGUGGCAAACAUAUCCACAAAUGCCCGAAUAGGAAUUUGGACACUUUGGUCAAGUUGUCCAACCUCAAGAAGCGAAGCACCCUUAAAACCAGGCUGUACCAAAACUACAGAUGUAUCAAAUGCAGGUUUAUAUAUUCCUUCCACAAGGAUUUCUGCAAGCACAUCGAUGAAGAACAUUGCGAAGAGGUGGCACCUUACAGCUGCUCCUGUGGAAAGACCUUCGAUUCUUUGGAAGAUUACAAGGAUCAUAUCUAUGUAUCCUGCAUGGUGGAAUACUUUUGCGACGCUUGCAACAUCGCUGUAAGAACUUUGAAGGAAUUUAUCAAUCACGCUCAACACCAGCAUGACAAUUCGGAAGGGUUUAGUCUAAUCCUGGACGACAACUAUAAGAAGAGGACUUUCCAUAGGGUGGAGCCUAGGGAAAACAAAGAAAUCUUGGGAAAGAGGAGGAGUUCCACCUAUGGUAGAGCGCCAACAGUGGAGAUCGAAGAUGAGGUGCAACCAAGCCCUCCAAAGAUUGCUAAAACCAGCCGGAGCAUCCCAACCAAGUGCCCACAGUGCGAUAAGGUCUAUUCGUGCCAGGCAAACAUGUUGAGACACUUCCGAACCCAUCAAGAUGUCGUCAAGAAGGAAGAACCGGAAGUCGAGGCUUCGGAUAACUCUUUCUACAGAUGCCCCGACUGCCAAAUAAUGUUUAACGCAGCGGAGUGGGAUAGACACAAGGAGACUCACGAGCAGACCAAAUGCAACGAAUGCGACAAGAUAUUUUUGUUCCAAACCGAAUUGGAACAGCACAGAUCGGUCCACUUAAACCUCAAGGUUUACAGAGAUGCCAAAACGGAUUCGUACAAGAGCACCAUGCUGAGUCCUAACGCUGAGAUGCCGAUAUGUAACAUUUGUAACAUAUUGUGCGAGAAUUUCGAAGAUCUGGAAAGUCAUAAGCUGUCCCACGAAGAUUUGGAAGAUGAAGGUGUACCUCUCGAGCUGUCCAAGUAUUCGUGCGUGACCUGCAACAAACACUUUGUGUCUUAUACGGAGUACAGCGAUCACAAUAUUAAGAACCACACCGAUAAGCAGAUAUCUAAUUUGGCAUAUCCGAGGAAGUGCGAUGAAUGUGACAAGAUAAUCACCAGCGGAUCAGCCUUUGCGAGCCACAAGGCGAUGCAUAGAAGACUAAGAGAUCAAUCAGUUAGACUGUCAAGUCCGGAGUCAUCUUUGGAAAGACCAAAGUCCAGGAAGUCCAAUCCGGAAGGCGAAGAUUACCACACGUGCAAAAAAUGCUUUAAGGUGUUUUCGAGCAAGUACAAUUUGAAGAUGCACAUGAAACUUCACGGAAUAAACAUGACCUCAACCAGAACAUCGAAGUCCCCGAGAAAGUUUACCUGCGAUAGAUGUAACGUGAACUUUGGAAAUGCCGAUGCCUUGAACAACCACAUCGAUGAAGAACACGACGAUAUGCCGGAUCUAGCCGAGGAAUUCGACAGUGGUCCGUAUAUUUUCACUUGUGACAUUUGUGUGCAAAAUUUCACCACUAAAGCCGCACUUAUACAGCACAAGGCGAAACAGCAUACGCAGGAAGCUGGGCCGUCCAACAGGUACGCUACUUACUGCAAGUACUGCAAGAUUGGGUUCGAACGUACUUCGGAUCUUGAGGAGCACAUGAUGCAGGAACAUUCGGAGAUACCGGUUACCAAAACACCUAAGAUGGGGCACAAUAAGGGUUUCAGUUGCAAGAUUUGCAAGAAGAGCUUUUCGUCGCAGCCUGCGAUGUAUGCUCACAUGGGGUGGCAUAAACGUACCAACAACGAGGGACCUUUAACCUCCCCAAUGAAAAGGACGCAAAUGCUGCUACCGAAGCCCAAAAAAUCAGAUUUUGAGUGUUUAACUUGCGGACAGGAACUACCGAAUGAUGUAGCGUUGAAAAUCCACAACAUCGAAAAGCAUGGCAACAUGGCUGCUUUAUUGACACCCAGAUGCGAUUCUUGCGAUCAAGAAUUCGCAACGAAGACAGAGUACGAGAACCAUAUGAAGUUGCACGAGAUAGUGGAAAACCAAAAAACUCAAAAAGUGACAUUUUCUUGCCAGUUGUGUGCGGCUUCUUUUAGUAAGAGUGAAACUUUGCAAGCACAUGUGAAAAUAAGUCAUCCGACGUGUCUUCAGGAAUAUAAGUGUCCACAUUGUGCGAGGACUUUUGACAAGCAGGCUUCGCUGACCAAUCACAUUAAGGUUCACGAAAAGCAGAAGGUUGUUGUUGGAAACUCCAAACCGCUCUACUUCUGUUCGAUUUGCAAUAAGGGUUUCCAUUUACCAAAAGAAUUAAGAGCUCAUACCAUAACCGCUCAUCCUUUUUGAGCUAGUCAAGACUUUUAGAAGAUAAGACAAAUAUUAAUUAAUUUGUAUUUUUUAUAUGACGUUAGAAUGUAAUUAUUAACUUUUUCUUUAUUAAAAAUUUCCAAAAAAUGUUUAUUGAACCAUGGA